AAAGUUCCGUUGCGUUUUCUCCUUCAAUUUUGUUUUUGUUUUGUAAUUCAUGGCUCUUUGAUCAUUUGGGUGCUGAUAAUAAUCUUGUUCUUUAUUUUGUUUUCUUUGGGUCUUGUGUUUAUGGUUCUUUUUCGAGUUCUGCUACAAUUCAGCGAUGAACAAAGUGUUUUUCUUUCUUCGGAGACUGAUAUUUAUCUGGAAAGCGAAAAACUUUGGUUCCGCAUGCGAUCACCCUUCUUUGUAUUUGGAAAGUAGUUUUGAUUUGAGGCUCUAGUCAUUACCAGCUUUACUGUAUUUGGCAAAUGGGUUCUGAAGGUCCAACAACACCCAUAACAACAAUUCAUGUGACAGGAUUUAAGAAAUUCCAUGGAGUUGCUGAGAAUCCGACCGAAACAAUUGUCAAUAAUUUGGCAGAGUACAUGAAUAAGAAGGGUUUGCCAAAGGGUUUAGUUAUUGGGAGCUGCAGCAUUCUUGAAACUGCUGGUCAAGGAGCACUUGUUUCACUGUACCAGAGAUUGCAAUCCGCUGUUAUUUCCAAGGACUCUGAAUCUUCAAAUUCUAAUAGAACUAUUUGGCUGCAUUUUGGGGUUAACAGUGGUGCAACAAGGUUUGCUAUAGAGAACCAGGCAGUCAAUGAGGCUAAUUUUCGAUGUCCGGAUGAAAUGGGUUGGAAGCCCCAGAAAGUCCCCAUUGUUCCUUCGGAUGGUGGAAUUUCACGAACAAGGGAGACUUCACUCCCUGUAGAGGAGAUCACCAAAGCCUUGACAGAAAAGGGAUACGAAGUUAUGGUAUCAGAUGAUGCAGGCAGGUUCGUGUGCAAUUACGUUUACUAUCACUCCCUUCGCUUUGCCGAGCGGAAUGGAAUCAAAUCCCUUUUCGUGCACGUGCCACUCUUCUUCACAAUAAAUGAAGAGACUCAAAUGAAAUUCGCUGCUUCCUUGUUAGAAGUUCUUGCCUCUAAAUCUUAGAAGUAUCAUUACAUUUGGACCCUCAAAAAUGGGUGCUCCUAUAUUCGUUCUGGUGUGAAAGUGGAUGAAUGUGUAUCUUGAAUGAGAUACUUAUAAUAAAAUUAUUGUAUUUAAAUGGAA